AAAAACAAAGAGACAUUAAAUCAGACCUUUUUUCCAUCACACAUUCACUGUUUUCUUGUUGCGUGUAAUGGUUUUCUUUCUCGGAAAAUGAGCUUUUUAUUACCAUUGCUUUUCUUUUUUUUUUUUUUGCCCCUUUGGUUUUGCUUUUCCCGGGGCAAAGACAAACUCACCCAUGCACACGCAUCGAUUUUCUCCCCCUUUGUCUGUCUCUCUCUCUCGAUCUCGAAAGUUGAGAACUUGAAGCAAACGAACGUACGUUUCCCCUCAGUUUUAGGGUUUGCAUUUUUCAAUUGUUUUUCUUAAUUUUUGUUUGGGGUCUUUCAUUGGUUCCUUUCGUUUCCUUCUUGAGCACGUAAUCUUGUUUUCUCUCAAGAAAAGUUAAGUACAAAUCUUUUUGCCUUGAAUUAAAGAAGGAAUCCCUUAAAUCCUCUAGGUGUUUGCUUCCUUCCCAACCUUGAUUUAGGGUUUCACUUUUUCUCUUUUUUUUUUUUUUAAUUUAAUUUUAUAUUCUCUCUUCCCUUUCUUCCAUUUUAUCUUAAAAAAUCCCCUCUCUUGGAUUUGCAUUGUCCCAUAAAGACUAGCUAUUAUUUUCUCCUUUUUUUGUCUUUUUUUUUUUUCAUUUCCAUCCAAUUUAUUGUCUUUGAAGCAUGUUUUCUAACCAAUUUCCUAUAAAAAUACCCAAAAUGUUAGCUUUAAGAAAAACCCAUGUCUCCAUUUUCACCUAAAAUUGCUUCCUUUCUGGCUUCCACUCAUUUCAAAUUUAGUUUCUUUAAGGCCUUUUAUCAAACAAUUAAGGUACACUUUGGAAAAAAAUUUCCUCUUUUUUAUGUUUCUUUUUUCUGUGUAACUUUGCUUUGAAAUCAUGGGUUGUGUUCAUGGAAAGUGUUGUACUAGAUAUCCAUCAUCAUCAGAUGGUGAUUCAGGUCGCCAUGGAGAAGUGAGACCUUACAGAAACAAACACAUUCUUACACAAAGGUCAUUGGAGUUAGUUCCUGUUCCAUCUCACAACUUUACUUUGCAGUACUCAAUCUUAACACAGCAUGGUUAUUACCCAGACACAGUUGAGCGGGAAAACCAAGAUAGUUUCUGUAUCAAAACACAAAUUCAAGGUAACCCAAAUGUUCAUUUCUUUGGUGUAUUUGAUGGACAUGGUCAAUACGGUGCUCAAUGUUCAAACUUUGUUAAGGAUAGACUUGUAGAAAUGUUAUCUAGUGACCCCACAUUGUUGGAUGAUCCUUUAAAAGCUUAUACUGCUGCAUUUUUGGCUACAAAUUCUGAGUUACAUAAUAGUGAAAUUGAUGAUACUAUGAGUGGUACCACAGCGAUAACUGUCCUUGUUGUUGGGGAUACUCUUUAUGUUGCUAAUGUGGGUGACUCAAGAGCUGUGAUUGCUGUUAAGGAUGGGAACCGAAUUUUGGCAGAGAAUUUAUCUAAUGAUCAAACACCAUUUAGAGAAGAUGAAUAUGAAAGGGUGAAGUGUUGUGGGGCCAGGGUUUUGAGUGUUGAUCAAGUGGAAGGCCUGAAAGACCCGAGUAUUCAAAAUUGGGGUGAUGAAGAAAGUCAAGGUGGUGAUCCUCCAAGAUUGUGGGUUCCUAAUGGGAUGUAUCCUGGGACUGCAUUUACAAGGAGUGUAGGAGAUAGUACAGCGGAGAAGAUUGGUGUGAUUGCUGUUCCUGAGAUUUCAGUUGUUCGGCUUACACCUAAUCAUCUAUUCUUUGUUGUUGCAAGUGAUGGAAUUUUCGAGUUUCUCCCUAGCCAAACAGUUGUCAACAUGGCAGCGGCAUACACAGAUCCCAGAGAUGCAUGUGCCGCAAUUUCUGGAGAAUCCUACAAACUAUGGUUGGAGCAUGAAAAUCGGACUGAUGAUAUUACCAUCAUCAUUGUACAGAUUAAGGGCUUGUCUAAUGCAGGUGCUGUUGGCACAGACAGCAGAGUAGAUUACAGGCCAAUGAUUAUGAGGUCAGUCAAGGAAGCGCUUGAUGUGUCCAGUGUCUCUGAGUCAGAAACCUAUGGUUCAGUAAGAAGUGAUUUGUCAGAUACACAGCAGUCUUGCCAACAUAGUGUUUCAAUGAAUCGAAGUGCAGCUAUUGUUGUUCCAUCUCCGAUGCAUCAGAGGCCUUUGCAAUUGGUUGGUCACACAAGCAAUGGAUGUGGGUUAGCCUAAAGGAAGCAAAGGGAAAUUGUUUUUCCACAUACAAGAUUCUCAUGGUGAAUGAUCUCAAGGCCUUAUGACAUGGUUGACAACCCCAUAUAUUUGCCAUGGAAAAGUGCGCUUCUGGCUGUGAUCUUGCAGCUGGUAAUCCAAACAUGUAGAGAAAAGAAUUCGUUUUGAAGAGAUUCAAAGUUCCAAGGAAAUUCCGCUAUCAAGUUCAGGGUAGAUGAUCACAGGAUGAUCGAAUGGGGACUAGGAAAUAUGUUCAAUGUCAAAUACUUCAAGGAAGAACUCUCCUUGUUUGUUCCUUCUAAAGCAUUACCAUGAGGAGACCUCAGAUGUUAACUUCCCAUGAUGGAUUCUGUAAAUAAUGUGAGAAUAUCAAUUCGAAUGACUUUAAUGGUACAGAAGCUACGUAAUGAUAAAAUUAACAGGUUUUAUAA